GCCGUCAUGUCGUCGUACUCGUCUCUCCUCUCGCUGAGCCCCGGCGAGUACCAGUGCCACCAGGCCGCCGGGUUCGCGGCGGCGGGGGAGGACGACGACAUGGCGGUCGCCGCCGCCGCCGCCGUGUCAAGCUACCUCUCGUUUGAUAUGGAUUUCGUCGGGGAGUACUACCCGCCGGAGACGGACUUCCACUCAAACCAAGAGACGACGCUGCUGCUGCACGGCGGAGAUGGCCGCAAGAAUGGUGAGAGGAGGGAACAUAGCCAUGGCAAGAUCGACAACGGGGCGGCGCCGGCGAGCGGUGGCGCGGGGGCCCUUCCGAGGAGCAAGAACGACGGCAAGAUCGCGUUCAAGACGAGGUCGGAGGUGGACGUGCUGGACGACGGCUACCGGUGGAGGAAGUACGGCAAGAAGAUGGUGAAGAACAGCCCCAAUCCAAGGAACUACUACCGGUGCUCGGCCGACGGGUGCCGCGUGAAGAAGCGGGUGGAGCGCGCGCGCGACGACGCGCGCUUCGUCGUCACCACCUACGACGGCGUCCACAACCACCCGGCGCCGCCGCACCCCAGGCCAGCUGCCGGCUACUCGAUCGCCGGGCCAGCUGCCGGCCACCGCCUGCUCGGCCUGAAGGAGGAGGAGGCGGCGGCGAUCGCCCUCUUCAGGAGCACCUCGGCCACCUCGCUGCACCUUCCUUGACGUACUGUCCCGAAGCGCCGGCGCCGGCGCCGGCGGCGCGCACGGUUCGGCAUGAGUGACGACUGACCAGUGACGAUUACGGUCAAGUUCUCUCCGACGACGAAGGCGAGACCCGACUCCAUUGCGGUCCAUCCACACAUGUAGAUUUUUCAUCAAAAUUACACGAAUUCAUGUACAAUUGCACUACAGUGUUUGGAACAGAAUUGUACUUUUUUUUUUUUGCUAUGCAGUUUGAGUGUAUGAUGGAUUGUAUAUGUCUUCAAGAUUUGUAAGUAUUAAUCAGAUCGGUAAUAUAGUUCAGCCAUGGUGGGACCAUUAUCUGAA